CCAACCCAAGCACGUGCGCGGACGGGCACCGUCACGGGCCAAUUUCCAAAUGAGACGAUCCCGCCGCGUGCCACCUUGUUCCUUCUUUCAUUCCCCACCGCCCAACUCGUCUCCCUCCUCGCCGGCGCGGGAACACCGCCAAGCCCUAGAUCCAUCCACUCAUCCUUCUGCCCCCUUCCCCCUCCGCCGCUACACCGCCGCCGCUACGAGCACGGGAACGGCGCGCAGCUGAGAUCCAUCCAGGAUUCGGAUUGACUCCUCUCUUCGUUGGUUGUAGUAUCAUGGGGUUCGAAUCCACAGUACCCCUAACUGAUCAUGUAGUAGAUAAGAGUGAGAUUAAAACCUCACAAGUUGUGAGCUGUGAUUCAACAGUUGUAGAAGAGGUAAAAAAUAGUCUGAGUGACGAACCUUUUCUGCAAGUUCCAUUGGAAAAUGAGGAAGACACAGAAUCCCUUGGUACAAUAUGUGAUCUUGAAAAUAAUAAAGGCGAUGUUGCUGAGGCCAUCAUUCCAAGGGGAGAUAUACCUGAAUUAUCGAUCUCUAGCAAGGUUUCAGAUGACAUUCUUUCAUUGGGUUGUGAGACACCACGUGAAAGCAUCUUUGAUCCCUUUGCCCCAGGACCAGAGGAGGCUGCCUGUGCACCAAAGAAGAAAGUCAUUAGAGGUGCAGAAGUUCUUUCUCGUAGGCAGCUAAAUUUUGAUUCAGGUGACUACCCGGCUAAAAGGUUAAGUUUUGAUCGGAGUGAUUCUGAAGAGGCAGAUCAAUAUCUUCAAGUGAUUCACAAGAUGAUUCUUGAUCUCUUUAUUUCUGAUGGUUCUCUUGAUCGAGAGGAAGAAAUUGAAAAGAAUCUGAUAGAUUCAAGUCCACAUGAAAGCUGUAAGACACCUGUUUCAAAGCCUCUACUUAUUGGCAUUGCAACCACAUGCCCAGAUGCUCCUUUGAGGCCAUCUCUCAAAGUGUUGAAACUCAGCCCAAGCAUUUGUCGAAAGAUCGACUUUGAUUCAGUUAGUCCAAGGUCUUCAGUUGCUAAAGAUAAUAAUUGAUGAGCCAGUUCCUCUUGUUUGACAAGUAAUGAGGUGAUUGAAUAGUGGAUCUGCCCUGGGAACAGCAUUUGGUACAGUUUUUGACUGCCUAUCUCCCAACCUUAUGUCUGAGUACUUUAUGCCAUCGUGGUAACUUAGCUAACCCUGAACCUGUAGGGACUAUUGCUGAUGUUAAAGAAGUAGCAAGCAGUUUAAGUUAUACAUGUAAACUAUGUUUUGUUUUCCUUUUCAACUGGGUUAGUGUUACCUCCCUGAUUUAUAUCAGUACAUGUGGUCGUUGAUCAUGUGUUUUUGUAAAUCUUAAGUGACUAGUUCUGUCAGAUUGAAGUAAUGCAGCUAGUGCAGUGUAUGUUGAA